GCCGUCUCACCCCAUCGGCACGCCGUCUUAUGCUGUCUUAUGUCUGGAUUGCAGGCUGGACUGAGAAAUGCGGCUGGUGGCUGGACGACCCCACCAACGACUUCUGCUACCUGUUCAACUUUCAGCCCAUCAAGACCUGGCAGGAGGCGCAAGCCGACUGCAAAGACCGCCAAGGGAACCUGCUCAGCAUCGCCGACUCGCUCGAGCAGCGCUUCGUACACGGUAUCACCAAGAUUCUCAUGGGUGAUGCCUCCCUGUGGUUGGGCGCCAGCGCCUCCAUCGAGCGUGACGGCGGCAAGUGGGCUGACGGAUCCCCCUUCUCUUACCUCCACUCAAGUGCAGGUGUCACUGAAGGGGGGGAAUGUCUUUUCUUGCUCACUGGCAGCGGCGACUGGAAGCGUGACGAGUGCGACAACAAGAAAGGCUACGUCUGUAAGAAAAGAGGAAAAGGAAAAACAGCAAAACCUCAGCUGCCACAUGACGGCUACAAGAAGGCGCUUCUCUGCCAAGACGAUUGGAAAUCUCUUGAAUGUCCCGAUGAAAGCGUCAUCCGCAUACGGUCGGCUUUCUAUGGACGGAAGCGUAGCGACGUCUGUCCGAGUGGCGGCGGAUCACGCGAUGGCUGCAAGGUGGAAGGGGCUCUCCGUCACUUCAGAGGAUUGUGUGACAACUAUCAGAUUUGCCCCCUUUACCCUUCGCAUACGGACUCCUGCCCUGGUGUCUCCAAAUACCUCCACGUCGUCUACAGCUGUGAGAAGAAAGUGUGUCUUGAUAGUCUGGGCAUCGCUGACGGGAGAAUCCCAGACUCUUGUUUUUCAGCCUCUUCCUCUGCGAUCAAUGCCGAACCUCACAAAGCGCGUCUGGGGGGCAGCGGUUGCUGGAGACCCUCCGAAAUGUGUACGUAA